AUGUUGGCAGUGUCACUCAAUGCGAUCGCAAGGCCUACGGGACCAACAAGGCCAAUCUCUGCGCCUUACACGUUUGCAGACUUGCGCAGCUUGCCUGCUCGCUUGCUCGGCUCGGACGAGACGCACGAUACAUACAAUCACAUGAACGAAAGCGACCUUGAGAAAGCCAAUCAAUCGAAUGGUUCUGAGAAACCGACGUUGCAGCGGAAAGUGGUCCAAAUUCGCUCACUGACCUGGCAGCCCUUGACGGAGGUGAAACUCAUCGAUGUCCUCGACAACAAGCACACGCCGCCCUUUACGCUCAAGGAGUUCGAAGACAGACUCGUGUUUGUCGAGCGCUCGCCAGAGAACCUAUACUUCUGGCUAUGGCUGCGGCAGUACAGUAAAGAUCAUGCAGCGUACAAGGCCUCGAAGAAGGGUGGCACACAGCGACCAGCGCAGCCGCGAGCACGACCAUCUUCAGGGAUUACAGAGCAACAGUCAGCGCGAAGUAGUUACACGAGGCGCGGCUCGCGUACAUCGCUUGCUCCUAUUGUGCCGACCAACCAGCCAGUAAUCGCGACGACGGGUCUGAGCCCCGGCUUAGCGGCUUCAUUCAACAAGGCCUUGCUCACCUUUUUUGAGCCGACGUCGCGUCUCGAGCUCAACCUGCCCGCCCACGUCAAGCAAGCACUAUUGACAGAUACCGUGCAUUCGAGCGAGCCCACAGUCUUCGAUGAAGCCAAAGCUUGUAUAGAGACAGCGCUGCAGGAGAGCCUCAACGCUUUCUUGAGUUCCUCACUUGGCAACUCAGACGAAAAGCGAAGCUACUUUGCAAUCGCGCUAGGCUUGCUUCUCGUUCUAUUUGGCUGGAUACCGAUUAUCUUGUCACUUCGCUGUCAUUGGCAUCGCAGCCUUCGACUGACAGGCGUACCGCUCUUCUUCGUCGGUACAGUCACGCUCGUGGCCGGCCUACGACAGACUUGCAUUGUCAUUUAUCUCUUCGGCAAUAUGCGCCAGCUGCGAAGUUGGGAACUGCAGCGACCUCGUAGCGAAAACGACGCUGCCCGGCCGUGGUAUCGAUUUGGAUUGAGGCAUCAGCAGCCUGCUCAGCUCGCGACGAGCUUGCCAAAUCCUUCAUCCACCAAUGCCCGAAUCGUUCAUUCUCCAGCUAGCACGAUGGUACCUUCUCUUCUGCCGACUCUGACGUCGGACAAAACUAGCAGCUCAAAGAUUGAGCAAUUCGGUGCGCAAACAGAGCUCGAUUUAGACGUGCAAAGAUUAGUUCAGCAGCCACCCCUGUCCACGCCGACGCUGGUAGCAAUGGACCACUCGAAUCAUCUGGACGCUCCCUUGUUCGUCGAGCCAGCAAGCGAGCCCAUGUCCGUCAUGCGUAGCACCUCAACGAUGCGACCUCUGUCAAACAAGUCUGGCAUAGAUUCGCCAGCCGAUGCGCCUCUUGCGUCGGCUCGCCCGCCUGACCUACAUUUCUUCGACUACAUGACGCCGCCAGACGAUGCUUGCACGCCGCGCUCGCCUACCUCACCAAGUAGCGGGUACUUUUGGCAGCGUCGGCUGCUGCCCUCAGACAAAGCGAGUCCAACGACGCGCUCUCGCACGACCGGAUCGCCUCCUGCUUCGGUCUACGGCAAGUCUGCGCCUGUCUUUGCACCACUCACGCCUGUCACAUCACCAUUUGUCAUUACCGCACAAAGGAGGACGAUCCUAAUGGGCAUGCUCUAUGGUCUCUUCGUGAGCAUCGUAUUCGAAGCGAUUGCGCUGCCCUUGCCGAUCUAG